AUGGAAGUGGGCUUAUCAGCCAUUACCUUCUAUCUAGCCAGCGCCAGCAGCCCUGUGGUGGUGACAACGAUGGACCUGGAGCCAGUGAGCUCUUCUGAAGGAGGAGAAGGGGUCACAGUCUUGGGAGCUGCUGCCGUGCAGGCAUUCAGGGAUGUGGCAUGGCAAAAGAGUAAGGAAAGAGACUUUGAAAAUGUAGAGCUGGGAGUCACCAGGACAAAGAAGAAAGUCCCAAGGAGGGUCAUCCACUUUGUCAGUGGUGAAACAAUGGAAGAAUACAGCACAGAUGAAGAGGACGUUGAUGGUCUGGAAAAGAAAGAUGAUUUGCCUAAUGUUGAUCCGAAAAGGCUUACCUGGGGCCCGUAUUUAUGCUUUCACAUGCACCGCGCUGCUACAUCAACCCUCUCGGCGUGUGACUUUCUUGGAAAGAGGAUUGCAUCUGUUUUUGGCAUAAGGAGCCCAAAACACCAAUACACCAUUGAUGAGGGUUACCAGAUGAAGAGGGAGGAAGAAAAGGAAGAAGACGGGAUGCCUGAAGAGGUAGAAAAACAGCAUCAACAACACCAGGCUGGCUCCACUGUUCAGACAGAUCAACCAGAAACAGCGAUAUCCAGUUCAUUUGUGAAUCUCAGUUUGGAAAUGGAGGGAGAUUGUGAAGGAAUUACAGAAAGCAAACAAAAUUCAGUCUCUGUCCCACCAUAA